AUAUUUAAUUUAUUUAUGUAUUUAUUCAUUAUUAUUAUUAUUAUUACUUUGUGUAUGUGUGUUACUGUUGUUGUUCAUUGGCGAAACUAGAGGGGAAGGAGAUGAAUAUUUUUAAAAAGUACAACCUUUUUUUAGUGCCAUCUUAUGCCAUGCUUCUGAUUGUUCAUAACCACUUGGCUGAUUCCGGGAACGAAAAAAAUAUUUCAGUUUUUUUAAAUCUUGUUUUUUUUUAAUUAUCAUUUUUUUAAAAUAAUUUUAUUCUAAUUUGUUUUUUCUCGCGGAAAUGCCCUGCUGUAGAAUCCGGGAAAAAUUACCAAUACCAGUUUCACUAUUACAGCUUCUCGUGAUUCUCGUGAUUCUCAGCAGAUCAGCUGAACUGAGGAUGCGGGGAAAAUGUGCGCUUGCCUCUAUGAUUUAGCUCGAAAAGCAACUGUGUCGUGCACUCUGAAAUUGAUAUGAUAUAUUUAAAGAUCUGUGAGACCAUCUUUUUCGGACUUCGCCUUAGAAUUUAUUAAGCGUCAACGUUCGUCAGCUAGCGGAAGCUUGUGUACUUUCAUUUUCAACUGUCGGGGAAGAUCGGACGAUUAUCAUUAUAUCAUAUAUUUUUCGACUGAUGUUUUUAUUUAUUUAAUUUUUUUUAAACAUUUCUUUCAUUGUCAUUAUAUAGAACAUUAACAAUCUGUUUGUAAUCGGUAUGUAUUAAGAAACUGAUAGUCUUACAUAAAACGAUUACGAAACCAGUCAAAGUGCAGUGUAAUUUGUAAACACCGUAAACAUUCUGUGUGUGCGAUAAGUUUUUAAGAAAUAUACAGAUUUGAUUUAUUCCACGAAUUUCCAAUGAUGGAUGAAGACAGACCACUUCUUUCUCAACCUCACGAUGAUGAAGAAUCUGACAAAAUCAUGGAAAAAAAGGAGCCAGAGAUUGCCAAGGACCAGGAAGCAUCACCAUGGUAUCGAACUUUGACUCCAUACAAGCUUUAUGUCUUGCUCCUCCUGUUAGUGACCUAUCUCUUGAAUCAGCUGGACAGAUACAUGCUGGCCAUCACAUCCAAGUCCAUGGCCCAGGAGAUUCAUUUUGGGGACAAGGCGUGCAUGAAGAAUUCAUCAUUCAAAGACAGAGCUUUUGAAGGAAUCAAAUGUGAGGACUUUAAUCUAGAAGCUAGUUGUUUGAAUGCAACAAACAAUGAGACAGAGCAUAUUUGUUACUAUGACUACAAUGGACAAGGGUUUGAAUACCAAAUUGUAGCAGGACCAGCUUUCAUAGUCAUCUAUACGUUUGCUGGAAUCUUCAUUAGCUAUGUGGCAGAAAAAUUCAACAGGAAGGUGAUGCUGGCAGCAUGCCUGAUGUUCUGGUCUGUAAUGACUAUUCUGACUGGAUUUGUCAAGGAGUACUGGCAUCUGGUUAUCCUUCGGUUUGGACUUGGAUUUGGAGAAGCUGGCUGUGGUCCUUUUGCAGUGUCCAUUUUGACAGAUUACUUCAACCCAGAAACCAGGGGUUUUGCCCUUGGAAUAUAUAACUGGGGAAUCUAUUUUGGUUACAGCAUGUCUUAUGCAUUAGGAAAUUUCAUAUCUCUAGCAAACAUCAAUGGUCAAGGUUGGAGGUGGACCUUCUUUAUCUCUGGCAUUCCGGGCCUUGCUGUUGGUGUGCUGAUGCUGCUUACACUGAAAGAACCAGAAAGGAAGACAGUUAAAACAGAAUUAUCAGGCUCUGCCUUCAGUCGUCUCACAAUGACACUGAAGAAAUUCUUCAGUCCUUCACUAAUGCUCAUCUGUUUGGCUGGAUCUAUUAGAAAUGCUUCAGGAUAUGUGUUUGCCUACAACACCCAACCAUACUUCACUAGUAUAGGUCGCAAGCCAGAGGAAAUCGGGAAGUACCUUUCAUGGGUGCCACUGGUCGGGGGGAGUUUUAGUGUGUUAGUGGGAGGAUUUAUCUCAGACAGACUGGUCAAGAGGUUAGGAAUGUACUCAAGAAUCCUAGUGAUUGGAAUUAGUCUUCUAAUUGCAGCUCCAUUUGCAGCAGGAACAUUGUACUUUGAUCCUCCAGGAGCAUACUUUUUCCAAAUCCCUACCUAUAUAUUUGGUGAGAUGUGGGUAGGGAUAACCUUGGCUGUGGUGGUAGAACUGGUUCCCAGCGACAUCAAGACAACAGCUGUGGCGGUGUACCUCUUUAUCAUCAGUAACAUUGGAGGAAAUGCAAAUUUGUUGGUGCCUCCUCUCACGCAGCACUUUGAAGAUGAUGGAUACUCCAAGUCUGCUGCACUUAGAGUUACCCUUUACUGUAUGUAUGCAGGACCUUUUGUGUUCUGUAUACCGGUCUACUUCCUGUCUAUGUUUGUACUCAAACGGGACUAUCGACGAGCACACCAGUCACAGUAUGUGGAAAUGAUUGUCAACGAAUAACGGAUUUAGCAUAGGGAAGAUCAAGUCUGCUUGUGAUUAUUUAGUUGUGACGUUGUUACCAAAACUUUAUACCUUCUAGACAUAGAAUGAAUUUAUUAUGUGAAAAGAUCUCUGCAUUUUAUGCAGAAUUUUUGAUGUUCUUAUACUUCUUGAAACAAAGUCUUUUGGAUGUAAAAGAGGUGUAUAGAAAGCAAAUUGUCGAUGUAAAAGCGUUUUUUCUCUUGUCUAUCUGUCCAUUAUUAGGGGAUCAAGUUGUCACCACAGAUUCCCUCUAACGUUAAGGUUGUUUCAUGACUAGUAUUAUUCACGUUUAUUUGCACAAUGUUGAAUACCUGUGAAAAGAAGUAUGAAAAUUUAGUUAGGUAUAUGUGAAAAGAAGUAUGAAAAUUUAGUUAAGUCAAAUAUUAAGUGCUCUUACUUGAAUGUUUCUAAGAUUUUUAAAAAUGUAGAAUACAUGAGAAUACAUGUACCAGAAACCUUAAAACAAAGCAGUAAAGCGAUCCCUGACCACAUCGUAUUCUUACUCCUUGUUAGAGUUUAUUUGACGCUUGUGACAUGCUUUUGAAUUUUCUUUUACAUACAUGUACACAUUGUAUAUGAGCUGUGACUUUAAUUGUAUAUGAUAUUAACAUUUUUUCCCUUGGUGUAUCACAUGUGUAAAAAGGUAUGCAACAUUGCAUGUUUACUUCUCUAUUUUUUUAUGUGAGGUCGGAAAUUGCCACAUUGUCAAAUAUGGACUUUACAUUUGUGAAACUUAUUUAUAAGCAAUAUUAUUCUAUGUACAGGGUAACUAGUUUAUAUAUUUAUCCAUCAAGUAGAAAGUGUUUGAAUAUCUCUGACAAAAACCUAAAUUGUUUACACAUCUUAAUAAGAAGAUCGGUAAAUGAGCCAAUGAAAAUGUUGAGCAAAUUAGAUUUCUUUUUAUAUGUAAAUCUUUCAACAUUAUAUAAAUGAGGUCUCUGAAAAUCUGUCUAGAAUGCUAUUGUAUGAUAGGUAAUGUAGUUGCACCUACAUUGUAUAAAAUGACUUAAGAUAAGGGCUCUAUAUGCCCAUCAAAAUCGAGUUGUACUUUUUUUCUUCAAAAUCAUAUGUAUUUUGUGAAAGAAUCUCGAUGAAAUCAAGUUGUUAUUCUCAUUUUGAUCAAAAUAAAGUAAAAUUGGAAUUACAACAUCAUUUUCAUCUAAAAAAAACAUCAGGCACAAACUUUAUAUCUUUGCCAUGGCGUUAUCUUUCCAGUGCAUUUAUAGGGUAAAAAAUAAAUUACGAUUUUAUUUGUACUAAGCUGCACUUUGUUUUCUGAUAGCAAAAUCUUAACAGUAUUCACGAUUUUAUCUGAAUUUGAGUAAAUUUGAGAAAUUGUGCCACUUUUGAUUAUGUGUAUACUCUAAAUGAUGUAAAUAUUUUAGACAGAUUACAUGAACUUGUAUUGGACAUCAGGGGACAGAAUGAAAUGUUAGCUUAGUUGUUUUAACUGUGAUAACACAGGCACUUGUUUCAUACAUGGGUUCCCCUCCUUAAUAAUAAGGAGGGGGGCCCAUGUAUGAAACAAGUGCCUGUGUGUAAUAAAGGUAAUCUUGAGCAUUUGAGAACAAUAAAUGAGGAAAUGUUGUUCUGAGGGAGAAAUUUGUAUACAACUCUAUAUUUACACAGAUAUUAACAAGUUAUGUUUAAUAGCAUAACUGUAUGUCCAAUUUUUCAAAAAAAAAAUUCGAACAUAUAUAUUUUGUUUAUAUUAGAAUUGUUGUGUACAGUGAUAUAUACAUGUAUUUUGUUAUAUUAUUUUGUACUUUUAAAUAUAUGUAUGUAAUCACGUAUUUCCAUCAUAUUUAAAUUAAAUUCAAACUACCAAUCACAA